UAAAAACUGUAUGUUUGUCAUUUUCCUCUUAAAACCCCCAAAUUCUCUUAUUUUGAGGAGCCAUAGAAAGAAAGAAUGAGAAGGCAUGGAAGACAUAGAAUGGGAGCAGAGGCACCAUGUCCUAACCCACAUCAUAAGCAGCCCUGAACCCACGCCACCCCCGCUCUACUCCCAGUUCUUCAUCUCCACCCAAGUCCCCUGCUACCUCAACUGGCACUACCCGCCACUUCUCUGCCCCACACCUCUCCUCCGCAAAUGGGCUCUCUCCCGAUUCCUCAACAGAUUGACCGCGCCGGAAACCUCAUGGAGGUCCCAAUGUCCGUACUCUCAGCCGCCGCCGGUGGUGCUUGCCAAAGGGCUGGAGGCGGCUAAUUGGGGGGAUGAAGAGAAGCGAGAGUACGCCAUGAAAAGGGUGAAGAGGAGGCCCCUUGCAAGAAGGUUACACCCUUUCUUCGCCGUUAUGGUUCCUAAUAUUUUGGCUUUAUCCCUUUUCCUGUGGAAUCCCUUUCCGGACUAGGAUGUUUGUACUUGACACUUAAAUUUGAUGAUUUGGUUUGUUUAAGACUGAUUGUCUAGUAUGUUUAAGCUUGAUUUAGUCUGUUUUGAAUUGGUUUGGUAAACGUCUUGUCUCCGUGUAUUUGAUCUGAUAUGUUUAAGCCUGAUUUAGGAUCUAAAAAAACAUCCUAGAUUCAGUGCAGUGACAAUCUUUAUAUGUGGCCGUUUACUUAUUCUACUUGGGACAAGUGCC